UUGGUGGUGACAAUGGUGAUAAGCAGUAAUGGUGCUGGUGCUGGUGUUGGUACUAGAUACGAGUGAGGGCACGGUCAUUGUAGACGAGGAAGGCAGCGGGUGAACUUACUGAAGUUGGGUUGUCACCCUCACACGCCUGGCGCCAUGAGUAUUAAAAGAAGACUCAAAAUGGUGCGAGGUGGAAACCAGCGGCUGGUGAUAUCUUGGCUGGUGGCGCUGGUGCUGGUGCUGCUGGUAGUGCUGGCGACAAGGAACUCAGCCCGCAGGGACGAUGACGGGGGCCAGGUUCGAAGCGCCGUCAGAGCCCUGAGUGCAGUGCAGCGGCCGCUGCCAGUGCAACCUCCAGCUCAACCUCACCCACAGAAUGUGUUGCAAACUCAACAUGUGAGCCUGGUUAAUGGCAGAUGUGGCAGUGGAAAAUGGGUGGAGGGUCUGCCUCCACUCUACAUUAUCACGCCCACCUACCCGAGGGCUGAGCAGGUGCCUGAGCUCACACGUACUGCUCAGACGCUUAUGAAUGUACCAAAUGUGGUAUGGAUUGUGUCUGAGGACUCUACUGUUGCAUCUACAUCAGUAGUUCAGUAUCUCAAUGAAUCAGGUCUCAACACUGUGUAUCUCCAUGUUCAGAUGCCAUCAAGAUACAAAAAAGUAGGCAACAAGCCCAGAGGCGUGGCUAACCGUAUGGCAGGAUUAAAUUGGGUUCGUGAAAAUGCCAAAGAUGGCGUCUUGUACUUUGCUGAUGACGACAACACAUAUGACAUACGUAUUUUUGAACAGAUUAGGUGGACUCGCAAGGUGUCGAUGUUUCCUGUGGGACUGGUGACCAAACUUGGAGUAUCUACACCCAUUGUUAAGGAGGGAAAAGUGGUUGGUUUCUAUGAUGGCUGGAUUGCUAAACGCACGUUCCCAGUGGACAUGGCUGGGUUUGCAGUUAAUGUGCAGUACCUUUUAGAGCGACCAUUAGCGUCAAUGCCAUACAAGGUUGGCUAUGAAGAAGAUGGUUUCAUAAAGAGUCUAGGAAUAAAAGCAUCAGAGAUAGAACCACUUGCAUUCAAUUGCACAAAGAUAUGGGUGUGGCAUACACAAACGAAGAAGAAUGAACCUGCAAAACCAAUCAACCAUACUAUUGCCACUUUGGGAACUAAUCUAAAAAUAAUUAGUGAACAGUUAUGGAAGGGACCUGCAAUUAAAACUAAAAGUUAAAAAAUAUUUUUUGUAUAGGAAAUUAAAAAGAAACAGCAAUAAAUACAAAUAAAUGAGAGGUUAAAAUCUAACAAAAAAAGCUGUUUAAUAUUGUAUAUAACUUAUUGCCUGUAUGAUUAGUUAUUUAGUAGGUGUACCAUGAAUAAAUUUAUUUCAGAAUAAAAUUUAUUCAUAACAUAUUUAUCAAUGUACAGAACACAUACACAGUACUCCCUAGAAAUUUGAGAGAGAUAUGUUGCUAGAAGUCCCAGUGAGUAGAAACUGGAAAUGCUGUAAUAAUUUGUUUCAUAUAUGGGCUCAUUUUGUGUUGCAGAGGCCAUACUUUGUUACACAGUACAGUGGACCCCCGGUUUACGAUAUUUUUUCAUUCCAGAAGUAUGUUCAGGUGCCAGUACUGACCGAAUUUGUUCCCAUAAGGAAUAUUGUGAAGUAGAUUAGUCCAUUUCAGACCCCCAAACAUACAUGUACAAACGCACUUACAUGAUUGGUUGCAUUGGGAGGUGAUCGUUAAGCGGGGGUCCACUGUAUUUUGUUCAACUUUCAUGAAUAUUGACACUCUAAGAAAGAUGCUCAGUAAGAGAGAUUUGAGUAUGAGGAAUCAGUGAGCAUGUUUUCAUCUAAAUAUUAUGGUUUAAUUUAAAUUUAUGCAUCAUGUGCCAAGCCAAAGAAAAAUGAGCAUAAAUGUGCAUGUAUUUAGAGUAUUCAUGAGAAUCCCUAUAGCAGAAAUCAUGAAUAAUAAAAUAGUGAAUUUAGAUUACUGCAAAUUUGUAGGGAGUACUGUACUAUUUUUAUAUGAAUUACACUCUUCUACAGUGCUUUUGUUCAUUAGCUAUUUUUUAUAUGUGUUAUAUAAAAGAAUAUAAUGGUAGCAGAGCUAGCUAACUGCAGUUAUGGAGUUUGAAUUAGAUUGUUAUCUUGAUUACCUAUUAUAGUGUGCUUGUGAGUUAAUUACUCAGGAACUCAGUACUGGAUCUCUAACUUAAUUAAUUUUUACAAAGGUGUUUUUAGUAUAGAGUUUGUUUAGCUGUAAGCUUUAUAAGUUUUCAUGUUUGGACUUUAAUGGGAAUACUGUUCUGUAUACAGUUAAUGCAUUGUCUCUGCUUUUAUGAUAAUACAGCAUCUUCUUUCAACAAACCGGCCGUAUCCCACCGAGGCAGGGUGUUUACCUGGAGUUUACCUGGAGAGAGUUUUGGGGGUCAACGCCCCCGCGGCCCGGUCUGUGACCAGGCCUCCUGGUGGAUCAGCGCCUGAUCAACCAGGCUGUUGCUGCUGGCUGCACGCAAACCAACGUACGAGCCACAGCCCGGCUGAUCAGGAACUGACUUUAGGUGCUUGUCCAGUGCCAGCUUGAAGACUGCCAGGGGUCUGUUGGUAAUCCCCCUUAUGUGUGCUGGGAGGCAGUUGAACAGUCUCGGGCCCCUGACACUUAUUGUAUGGUCUCUUAACGUGCUAGUGACACCCCUGCUUUCCAUUGGGGGGAUGGUGCAUCGUCUGCCAAGUCUUUUGCUUUCGUAGUGAGUGAUUUUCGUGUGCAAGUUCGGUACUAGUCCCUCUAGGAUUUUCCAGGUGUAUAUAAUCAUGUAUCUCUCCCUCCUGCGUUCCAGGGAAUACAGGUUUAGAAACCUCAAGCGCUCCCAGUAAUUGAGGUGUUUUAUCUCCGUUAUGCGCGCCGUGAAAGUUCUCUGUACAUUUUCUAGGUCGGCAAUUUCACCUGCCUUGAAAGGUGCUGUUAGAGUGCAGCAAUAUUCCAGCCUAGAUAGAACAAGUGACCUGAAGAGUGUCAUCAUGGGCUUGGCCUCCCUAAUUUUGAAGGUUCUCAUUAUCCAUCCUGUCAUUUUUCUAGCAGAUGCGAUUGAUACAAUGUUAUGGUCCUUGAAGAUGAGAUCCUCCGACAUAAUCACUUCCAGGUCUUUGACGUUGGUGUUUCGCUCUAUUUUGUGGCCAGAAUUUGUUUUGUACUCUGAUGAAGAUUUAAUUUCCUCAUGUUUACCAUAUCUGAGUAAUUGAAAUUUCUCAUCGUUGAACUUCAUAUUGUUUUCUGCAGCCCACUGAAAGAUUUGGUUGAUGUCCGCCUGGAGCCUUGCAGUGUCUGCAAUGGAAGACACUGUCAUGCAGAUUCGGAUGUCAUCUGCAAAGGAAGACACGGUGCUGUGGCUGACAUCCUUGUCUAUGUCGGAUAUGAGGAUGAGGAACAAGAUGGGAGCUAGUACUGUGCCUUGUGGAACAGAGCUUUUCACCGUAGCUGCCUCGGACUUUACUCUGU